AUGCUGGACAAUGAGAUCAGGGGCUGUCAUGGUGGAGUUUAUCAGAGGAAGUUGUACCGGGACCUGAUGGUCAACUAUAACAGAUUGGAACGGCCUGUCCAAAACGACUCUGCACCCAUCGUGGUGGAACUUGGUCUCACUUUGCUACAGAUCAUCGAUGUGGAUGAGAAGAACCAAGUUUUGAUCACAAAUGCCUGGCUUCAGCUGCAGUGGACAGAUGUAUACCUUACAUGGGAUGCAGAGGGCUACCCUGGAGUUCAAACCCUGCGGUUCCCUUCCAAUAUGAUAUGGGUCCCAGAUAUUCUCCUCUACAACAGUGCUGAUGAAAGAUUUGAUGCAACUUUCCAUACAAAUGUACUGGUGAAUUCUACAGGAUCCUGCCAGUACAUCCCACCAGGCAUCCUAAAGAGUACCUGCUACAUCGAUGUACGCUGGUUCCCCUUUGAUGUGCAGAAGUGUGACCUAAAAUUUGGCUCCUGGACACACAAUGGCUGGCUGUUAGACCUGCAGAUGAUUGAUGUGGACAUCUCCAACUACAUACCCAAUGGCGAGUGGGACUUAGUCGGUGUGCCAGCCAAGCGAAAUGAGCUCUACUAUGAAUGUUGCAAAGAACCAUACCCUGAUGUGACAUUCACUGUCACCAUGCGCCGUAGGACUCUAUACUAUGGCCUAAACCUCCUUAUUCCAUGUGUGCUUAUCUCUGGUCUGGCCCUGCUGGUCUUUCUGCUCCCUGCAGACUCUGGAGAGAAGAUUUCACUGGGCAUUACUGUGCUUUUGUCUCUAACUGUGUUCAUGUUGCUGGUGGCAGAGAUAAUGCCUGCUACAUCAGACUCUGUUCCUCUGAUUGCUCAGUACUUUGCCAGCACAAUGAUGAUAGUGGGUUUAUCAGUGGUGGUAACAGUUCUGGUUCUACAGUUCCACCACCACGACCCACAAGGAGGGAAGAUGCCCAAGUGGGUUCAAGUUAUUCUUCUCAACUGGUGCGCUUGGUUCCUGCGCAUGAAGAAGCCUGGAGUGGAAAAAAAAACAAGUGGUCAGUUUGGCAUUUGCUUAGCCGGCAAGUAUCCUCAGGCAAUUCCCCACCACACCAGUACCAAUAGCAUUCAGAUGAGCCCGAUACCAGGCCAGGCCUCCACCCAGUCUACUAACACUAAUGGGAACAUUAACUUGUACCUGGGAUAUCAUUCCACGGUAACAGACAACUCUUCUUUCCCACCGAGCGCUGAUCCAAGUGUUGUGAUGUGCGGUCGCAGUGGUGGAAGCAGCGACAGGAACCCAACUACUUUGUCCACGGCUGACAUUAACACAGAGCAGACAAGGACUUUGUUGCUGGAGCAGCUCCCAGAAAUGUCUCGGAUCCUGGAAGAAGUACAAUACAUUGCCAGGCGCUUCAGAGAGCAGGAUGAGGGAGAGGCCAUCUGCAGUGAAUGGAAGUUUGCAGCGGCAGUGGUGGAUCGCUUAUGCCUCGUGGCCUUUUCGCUCUUCUCCAUUAUCUGUACCUUCACCAUUCUCAUGUCCGCUCCAAAUUUUAUUGAGGCAGUGUCCAAGGACUUCACAUGA